AUGCCAGAACACGAUGCUCUCAUUCUCUCAUUCUCUCACUUGGCGGAUUUUCCGCGCGCCCCCGAUGCCCUCCAGAUGCUGAAAAAGGUGGCCUCCUUGGUCAAGCCUAUCUUGCGAGUUCGGGGUUGGAAGGUACGAGAACUAGCCGAGUUCUACCCCGACCAAGCAAACCUCCUUGCCUACCUAGGUCUUAAUGUCAACAGAGGCCAGAGAAUUCUCGUCCGCCUACGUUAUCCCAACGACCGAUCACUUUUCCUACCUCUAGAGCAUGUAGUCGAUACAAUGCUUCACGAGCUUUCUCACAUCGUAUUUGGACCCCACGAUGGCAAUUUCCACGCGCUGUGGAACCAGCUUCGAGACGAACACGAGUCACUCAUUCGCAAAGGAUAUACGGGUGAAGGAUUUCUUUCCGACGGGCAUCGCUUGGGGGGCGGCCGGAUACCGAUGCAUGAAGCCCGACGGCUUGCGCGGGCAUCUGCUGAGAAACGCCGUACUCUGACCAAGGGGUCGGGCCAGCGUCUUGGUGGCUCUGGUCCCAGUGUGGGUUCAGAUAUUCGGCGAACUAUAGUGGGCGCAAUCGAGCGCAGAAACAAUACGCUGCAAGGAUGCGGUAAUACGAAUCACAAUGACAGGGAGAUUCAACAAAUCUCCGAGACAGCUACAAAGAACGGAUUCCGUACGCAGGCCGAAGAAGAUGCGGCUAACGAAGCUGCGAUUGCCCAGGCUCUCUGGGAAUUGGUGCAAGAAGAAGAGCGCCAGCGGUAUGGUGGUUAUUUUAUCCCACCAACCGCGCAAAACCCUACUGGCAACGGGGGAGGAUCGGUCAUGGGAGAUGUGGGGGAUCACGGGAAUGGAAGUAAUGAUAUCCCUCCGCCGAUCCCAGGACUGGAAACGAGGCCCCCAUCGGUACCAGGGCCAGAGAUUCGGCCACCAGUUGUAUCUGCUCCCGUGCCGCAGUCGGCUCCGCAACGGGGCUGGACAUGCGGAAACGAGGUCAAGAUCCUCAACGUGAAGUGUGGACACCCAAUGCUGAAAAGCGCGAACGCGAACGCCAACGCCAACGAGCAUCAGUGGCUGCAACGGCGAAGAACAAACCAAGACCAGCUACAAUCGAUCUCACAGGUAGUCCGCCUAAGACCAACAGCACUGGGAAGACUGGCAGUAGCAGUCAACAACACGAGCCGGCAAUACCGCUAA